AUGCCCUCGAUCACGAAUGUUGGGGGCUCCCUGACAAGUGCGAUAGCCCUGACGUUACUGGCAUGGGCUGUCCGGUUCUUCAGAGCUGCAGCGCAGCAGAGGAAGCAUGGUCUGCGAGCUCCAGAGGAUGCAAAGCAAUCUGAAAAGCUAGGGCGCUACUUCUGCUCUCUAUCAUCGGCUGCUCUCCGAAUGCUGGUGGAAACGGAUCCCAUCCCUCAUAUCAUAGUAGAUGUGCGCAAGCCGGAGGAUGUGAGCUACAGCCCCUUGCCAGAGGACCUCAAAGCAGCAGUAAACAUCCCAGCGGAGGAGGUGGAACAGGCCCUCAGCCGGAAUGCGGCUGGGUGGCACGCUCGGGCUCCGAACACACCCGUGCCAAUGCGGGACUGGCUGCUCGUAUUUGUCGGGGACAAUGCAGAUGACAUGCACGCUGCCGCGGCGGGUGCGGCAAUUGCUGGCUUCGAGCGGGGAGCUGUUCUGCAGGAUGGCCUGCAGGCUUUUGGGCAAGCUGCACUGCAGCAGGCGAAUCUGAGGUAUAUUGGGAGGGACGGGCUCGCGGCAGUGCUGGGGGUGCUGGGGGAGCGGUCCACGCGGGCAGAGGGCGUGCGCGUGCUGGACAUCAGGCGGCACGACGAAAGGGCGCUGUAUGGCAGCAUCCCCGGGACGGUGCAUGUGCCGACGGAUCAGCUGCCGGCAGCACUGAGCAUGGCGCCGAGGGAGUGGGAGGCGGCCUACCGCUGCCCCAAGCCAGGCUUUGAGGACUGGGUCGUCAUGCAGUGCCGCACCAACCGUCGUGCCGCUUGGGCCGCGCAGGUCGCCCAGGAUGCUGGCUGGCCCCGUGUGCUGGUCUACCGCCAGGGCGUGUAUGGCUGGCGGGUACAUCCCACGGUGAAGGCGUAUCAAAGCUACGAGCGCGGGGAGCCUCCGCCAGAGCCCGAGCCGUUCCAGCCAGAGCCGCUGGACGCAGCGCGCGCCAAGGCUGAGCUGGGCCAGCUGGGCAUACGCGUGCAGUGA